CAGGAGGAAUUCACUUCUGGCAGCGUGCUGUGGAGCCAUGGCUGCCCUCCUUCGAGCUGUGCUGAGGUUUCGGGGGCCAGCUGUGUGGGGAAGGCCUCUCCAAGGGCUGUGGUGCUGCAGUGGGCAGGAGGAUCCCAAGAGGUGGUUGGGUAGCAAGUCUCCCACUUUGAAGGAGAAACCAGCAGGUACAGAGACUGAGAAAUUCCAGAUGGUCUACCGUUUUAAUGCCAUCAGAUUCUUUGGGUACAUGUCUCGGCUGAAACUGGUACAAACCGCCCUGACAGUGGUGGCCCUGCCGCCGGGCUGCUACUGGUACUCUGAGGGCCUGGUAACUCUCAACUCUCUGUGCCUCGUGAGUGGGAUUGCUGGCUUUGCCCUGGCCAUGCUGUGCUGGAUGAGCUAUUUUUUCCAGAGGCUGGUGGGCAUCUUGUAUGUGAACGAGUCCCGCACCACGCUGCGGGUGGCUCACCUGACCUUCUGGGGCUGGCGGCAGGACACAUACUGUCCCGUGGCAGAUGUGAUGCCUCUGACAGAAACCAAGGACCGGCCCCAGGAGCUGUUGGUGCGUAUCCAGCAGUACAACGGGAAACAGACCUUCUACCUCACCCUGCGCUAUGGACGCAUCUUGGACAGAGAGCGUUUCACACAGGUGUUUGGGGUGUUGGACACGCCCAAGUGAACAACUGGGAGCUGGGCUUCCAGGAAGCCCUGGGCUACCUAGAUCUCUGACAGGAAGGCUGAGGGUGUGGGCAAGGCUGAAGACGGGAAUCAGGCACCUGGACACUUUGCCAGGGCCCUUGGGAACUUGUCUUUUGGAAUGAAGAAAUUCAUGAGGCAGAAGCUAAUAACCAGACUUAGAAAAAAGGCUUUUGUUGCAAAUUCUUAUAGCACUUGUGUUGGACAUUCAGUCAUAUAAUGGCCAGAAGUUUCUGUUAAGAGCCAGUUGUUGGAGGAAGCUAUGCCAAGUUUACCCAGAUAGUCUGCUGCUAUGAAAUUGGAAGAUGGAGAGAGGUGGCGGGGGAGCACAGGCUUUGGGGUCAGAUGACUUGGGUUCUGUCAGCUCUCUACUCCCUCUCCUGAACAUUGGUUUCAACAUCUGUAAAGUGGAGUCCUGCCUGUCUCAUGGGAUGAGUGAGAAUAAACAAUAAAUGUCUAGUUCUUUGCAAACCAACAGCCCAGAGCAAAUAUUAAGCACUUGGGCAGAGGUUAUGGCAUGGUGGAAGGCUUCCAGGCAGCCAGUAGGCAUUUCCAGAGCCCUGUGCUGUGGCCCUUCAUGUACCCAGCAACACAGGGGACUGGGAUGAAUCCUAGAGUGGGGUCAUUUCAUCCCACCAGGAUGGUAACUACACACUGAGUGGGGCAGGGAUGUCAUCAAGUUAGCACAACUGCCCAGCCGAGAUUCUGUUCAGCACCCGGAGAUGUAGUGGCUCUCACAUGGGAAAGCUUUGCAGUGUAAUAAAGCCAGAUGGACUGAAUGCUCAUGCAUUAUUUUAUUAACUGAGGCCAGUUAUAUGCAUUGCCCCCCAUAAUCAAUAAUGUUUAUUAUACGAUUCGUAACAGUAAAGAGGAAGGAAGUCAUGAUCUUUAUAAUUUUGCUACUCAGAAGUCACUGAAUGUUUUGUUGUGUAGGCUUCCAGUCUUUGUUUUAUUGUUGUAAAAUAUACAAAACAAUUUAUCCUUUUAACCAUUUUUAAGUGUAUAAUUUAGGGACAUUAAGUACAUUUACAGUGUUGUAUAACCAUUUCCAGAACUUUUUUAUCGCCCCAAAUAGAACCUUUGUGCCCAUUAAACAAUAAACGCCACCACACCCACCCCCAAUCCUUGGUAAUCACUAAUCUGCUCUCUAACUCUCUGAAUUUGACUAUUCUGGAUAUUUCAUAUAAAUAGAAUCAUACAAUAUGUGCCCCUCCUUUUUUUAAUUGUCGAAUCAUGUUUAAUGAAAUGGAUUAUUUUAGAAGCUUUUGGCAUAGUAUUCCUGAAGAAAUGCUUCCCAAAUCUUUUUUAGUUUGAUUUUUAUUAUUUAUUAUUAGCAUAUUCAUUAUUACAAAUCGUGAUUUUUCUUUAUGCCCUUUACCUGACCUAUCACUCCCCAAACCCCCUCCCUCCUUCCAGAUAUGUACCCUUUUGUGUCUGGCUUCUUUCACUUGGUGUAGUGUUUUCAAGGUGCAUCCAUGUUCUGAUGUGUCAAAACGUUUAUUAUUUUGUCAGAACUUAAUUCCUUUUUUUAUGGCUGAAUAUGUAUAUAUCAUAUUUUAUCCAUUCAUCAGUUGAUGGACAUUUGGAUUGUUUCUACCUUUUGGCUGUUGUGAAUAAUGCUGCUAUGAACAUUGGUGCACAGGUGCCUUAGACCCUGCUUUCAAUUCUUUUGGGUACGUACUGAGAAGUGGAAUUACUGAAUCCUAUGGUAAUUGUGUGGGGACUUGCCAAACUUCACGGCGGCUGCAACGUUGACAUUCCCACCAGCCAUGUACAAGGGUUCAGGUUUUUCUCCAUCCUUGCCAACACUGGUUGUUUCAUUUUUUUAAUAAUAUCCAUUCUAACAGGUGGUAUCUCCCUGUGCUUCCACAUUUUUAAAAAACAUAGAUGUUAUGUUGCACCUAAAAUUGUUUUUUUGCUUCAUGUUAUAACA